AUGCAGUCUGGCAUAACAGCCUCCUCAGAACUGCAAUCCGCCUUUCAGACCUUUACCUCGGACGCCAGUCUCUUCGCGCUCCCUAUAACGAUAGUCUCUGAAUCUCUACAACCUCUGCCUUCCACACCGUUCCCGUCCUCUCACUCUGGCCUGUUCAACAGCAUCCACACUCUUUCUUCCCUUCUGACACCCACAGAGCCUCUGUUUCUUCUCCUCCGCCGCGCGCCCUCUUCCAAUGAACUCGUCGCAAUCACAUACAUCCCCUCGCGAGCGCCGGUGCGGCAAAAAACUCUCUUUGCAAGCACGAGAAACACGCUGAUGAGAGAACUGGGGAGUGAGAAAUUCUCAGAAACAGUCUUCCUCACAGAAAGGGAAGAGAUCCUCGAUCCAGCGCAAUGGGAGGAGCGGGCGAAGGGGAGCGCUGCUGCGAACGAGGGCUUAUUGAGCGUCGAGGAGAGGGAGCUUCAAGCCGUCAAACGCGCAGAAGAAGAAGAACGCCACGGCACUCGCGGCAGGGAUCUGAUGGGCGAAGGUGGCUCGGGCGCCGACUUCAUGACCGGAAAAAAGGGAGAAGGAAAGGGCAGGAAUGCUUUGAAGAUCAGCGACGAGGCUAAAUCCGCUCUAUCCGUCUUCAAGGACGUCGCGGCGAGUGAGGGCAAGGUUGCUAUCUUCUCAAUCGAUAUACCGACGGAAGAAAUCCGACUUGUCUCCUCGAAAACGGGCAUGCAGCCCGCCUCCGUGGCAAGCAACAUCCCCACCGACAAGCCGAGUUAUACACUCUACAACGCCCCCGGCGUGCCGGGGAGUAUCUUCAUCUACGUCUGCCCCGGGUCGUCAAAGAUCAAGGAGAGAAUGAUCCACGCGAGUUCGCGGCUGGGCAUGACCAAGCUUGCAGGCUGGGAAGGAGUGGAGAUUGUGAAGAGGCUAGAGGCCGGUGAUCCGGAGGAGUUGGGCGGCGGUAGGUUAGAGGAGGAGGUGAAGGCCCUGACGGCCGCGGCGGGAACCGCGACGCCGAGGAGUGGGUUUGCCCGGCCGAAGAGGCCAGGGAAGAGGUGA